AUGGGAUUAAACAAUGUCGUGUUUAUAGUCGAUGUUUCAAUACUUAUUAUUUUGUAUGAGACCCACGUUAAAAUUGAAGGUUCCCAAGACACAUAUUUUGUGUACAGUUGUGGUGAUGGUGUCAUACUACAGCAUGACCCCUACAAGCUACAGGAGCAGGCACACAAUAUCAAUGACCUCAUACAGCAAACUAAUGACAUCAUCCACAAGUUCCCUAUCAGGAGUGAGAUCACCUGGAAACAGGAUUUCUCUGUAGUAGCUAUUGGCAAUGAUGAUGGGUCUGUUGAAGUGUUCCGACCACCAGAUAUGAAAUUAUUAUGCUCCAUCCAGGUCCAUCGUAAACUUGUCAACUGCCUUCGCUGGCAUCCGAUGUACACUCAAGGUGGCAGCACUGUAGCAGAACAACAAUACUGGUUGGCGUCAGGCUCGAAUGAAUCUAUGAUUCACGUCGUCAAUCUCUCUAAAAUUUUAUCAGAAGCUGACCCAGCCAAAUCUGCCCUGUCUAUAACACAGAGUUUUUGUCAGCUAGAAGGUCAUUGCGAUAGAAUCACCAAUCUAAGUUGGAGUACACAUAGUCCAGGACUUCUUGUAUCAGCUUCUUAUGAUGGUACAGCCCAGGUGUGGAAUGUAUUGAAGAAUGAGCCUAUAUGUAACUAUAGAGGUCACCAUGGUAGGCUGUUGUGUGUACAGUGGAGUGGGAUAGAUGAUGAUGUCAUAUACACUGGAGCUGAUGACUUCACAGUUCAAGCUUGGAGAGUGUCACAACAGCCGUAUAAGAUACCACCUGAGAAAUCACUACUAGCACAGCAAAAGAAGGUUAAUAAAGCAAAGAAAAGGGCGAAAGGACGUGGUCCUAAUCAAGGUCAAGGACAGUCCCCCUAUAAUCAAGUUCAAGGUCAAAGUCCAGGUAAACCUCCUAUAAACAAACCUAGUGAGGAGAUGAAGGAACUCGAGAAAUUGUUGGAGGAGAAAAGAAAGCAAUUAAUGUUCCAAGAUAUACCUGAUGGUAACAAAGAUGCUCCAAUUGCCAAGAAUGAAAAGGUGGAACCACAAGGCCCCAGUGUACCAGCGUCAGUAAAUAAUGUCCAAAUCAUGACACGUGAUGCAAGUAAACCUGUACCCACUCCAGACCAUACAUCACAACCAAGUGAUCAGCAAGCUAGUGAAGGUUCACAUGAAGAUAUUGAGAUCAUCCAGGAUGAGAUAUCCCAGGAUGAACUACAGUUAGCUAAAAGAACGAUAGAGCCAAAGGAGAAGUGGAAGCGUCGCAAAGGAAGGUCUCUGUUCCCAACAACAGGUGUGUUAGAGAAUAGAGGCAAGGUGGCCAGCCAGGAAGAUUGUGUUACACUUGCCAAGCUACUUUAUACAAAUAAGAUUCCUGUAGACUCUGUACCACUCACUCAAGAAAUUAAAGACACAGACACAAAGGUUCAAGAUGCCGAGGGGGUUGAUGAUGUCACAAAUGCUCAAAGUGCCAAAGAAGUUGAUAAUGUGGCAAAGGCUAAUGGUGCUAAGGGGAAUCAUGAUGUCAUAAAGGUUGGUGACGUUAGUGGGGUCACUGAUGCCAAAGAGGAGGAAAAUAUCAUUCCAGGAGUAGGCCCAAACUCCCACCUUGGUUUAUUCGUACCAGAACGUGCUGCCACCUAUGGGACUUUCAAACAAGAAGAGGCCUACCACUUAGAGCAAGGCAAUAUAGAACAGUUUAUUCUCUUAGAACUCUGGAAGGGUAAUGUCAGUAGUGCAAUAAAGAUGGCAGCACAAAAUAACCAGCUUUCUGAUUGGUUAGUCAGUAUGGCACCCAUGGUGUCCCACAAGUUCUGGCUUGAGAUGUUAGGUGCAUAUGGCAGACAGCUUUCCCAGGAAGGGAACUAUCACAGGGCUGCUACUUACUAUAUAGCGGCUAACAGGAUAUAUGAUGCACUGGAGAUGCUCAAACAGAACAACCUAUUCAGGGAAGCUGUUGCUAUAGCGAAGGUGCGACUGUCACCCAUGGAUCCAGUUCUAGGUGACAUCUAUAUAGGAUGGGCACAAAGCUUAGCAAGGGAUGGCAAUUAUGAACAAUCGGCCAAAUGCUACUUAGCUGCAAAACAGCCAAUAAAUGCAGCCAGAAUACUGUCUAAACGAGCUGACCAAUCAGGGUUGUUAGCUGCAACCCAUGUGACAUUAUUAGCCAAUGAGAUUGAUGCAGGCAAAAUGUAUGGUCUGAAAUAUGUACAUGAAUCUCUCCUAAGGUGUGAUUGGCUGGGAAUAGAGGCCCUGACAUCCCAGUAUCAAAGCCUUAAGGCAUAUCGGGUGUACGGCUGCACACAUGAAGUUCUACUAGGUAUGAUGAUAGAAAGAGGCGUAGUUCAAGGUGAAACAAUAGCAGACAUACACCCUAGUAAGGUUGCAGUCAACAACAGAGAGACUGCUGCACCUCUAAUUGACAUCAGUGUCCCGACAGACUCCACCCUUGCAGCACUAGGUACUGGGGUUACAGUCUUUUACAGUACAGUGUUGAAUCUAUGGAAUGUACUUGACCUCAAUAAUGUAGAAGGAAUAUACAAGGACCUACUUGCCUUGGAGCAGACCCACCAGACACAAACUAGCAUUCCACAGGUUCUCAUUCAGUGUGCAGUUAAUAUUUCACUCAGUCUGCUAGCUCUACUGCUUGGAAAUUCCAUUGCCUUCAGAGGUCACCUAGAGGUGGCGCUGUUGAGAUGCCAUCACACAGCAUCUGUCGCACUAUUACAAAAUAUGAUUAGUUUACUGCUUCCAAAAGGUCCAUUCUUUACAUUAGUGGCAGAAUUUGGAAAGCAGCAACACAAAGUGACAUUGACAAAAAGUGUUACUAGAGACACAGAAAUGUCUAAGAGGGUCACUCAUGGCAACAGGGAUGCUAAUCCUAGCAACUAUGAUUCAGACUCUAGCAACAAUGCUGCUUCCCUUGCCAAUACUUGUGCUGUGCCUAGCAACGAUGGUUCAGCACCGAACAACAAUGAUGUUACACCUUCGAGUAGUGAAAACAACAAAACAUCAGACAACAAUGGAGAAAAUUCUGAAAAAACUGUUAUCAUGGUUCCAGUUGCUAUGGAGAACAAAUAUUUAGAUCCAUUAUUACAUAUUUUCCUAUUAGCAACAUCCAGAUCAAUCAAGGAAAAGUACAAUUUGCAAAAUAAAGAUGGCAGUGGAGAUAGUAGCAACAAUGUAUCAACUCGCUCUAAAAACACAGAGCAUAGUAACAGUGAUAAUAUGAAUAAUCAAAUGGAAGAAGAUAGUGGUGGAGAUAAUACACAUAUAUGUGCUGACUUAGAUAAAGUGGUUGAUGACUUAGUAAGGACAUGUGUUUCUCUCAUCAAUACACCAGAAAAUCCUGGCCUUGAAUCACAAUUAAAUGAUUUCCUGAGAUACGAGUCACAUUUACUGCAUAUUGUGGGAAGUCUAUGAAUCUUAUUUUACAUUAACAUUCAGCAACCUAGAAGUUACUGCAUUUGUCUUUAAUGUGGCGCUACUUAACUUGGCAAAUUUUGAGAUCUCGGACCAUAUGGGUCAUUUUAAUUUUUUUUCAAGACGAUAAAUCUCAC